ACAUGUACAGAUUGAUCACUGUGUGGAUCCACCCACCCGCACUGGAUGAAUGGAAUAUUGAAAACUUUUGGGUGAAUCCGUAGAUAAGAAAGCAUUUAUUAUGCCUUUUAGCAUCUCAAGCUACUUCCAUCAUUGUCAUGUCUGGUAUAUAAAUCUAUUCUCGCACUCUCUUUUAAUCAGUAUAGCUAUUGCUAAGGCACCAAUACAUAUACACUCAUGGCCGAUUUAUCAAGUCUUCUAAACUCGGAUGAUUCUCAAACUCAUCCCCUUCUCGAAAAACACAUCGGAACCUUAGACGAGACGAUCGAACGAUAUAUAGGAAGUUUCGGUUGGGCUCAGUUACUACAAGCCAUAGUUGUAUCUUUUGCAUGGGUUUUUGAUGCACAGCAAACUUUCAUCAGCGUCUUCACAGAUGCAGAACCAACAUGGCACUGUAUAGAUCCUAAUGCAUACUCAUACUGCAACUCGACCAUCAUCACCAACUCCUGCAAAUUGCCUAGAAAUGCAUGGACAUGGAAUGAACCUAUGCAGACAUCAACAGUUUCGGAAUGGGACCUAUCUUGUUUAGGUCCUGCUAUCGCUGGUUUACCAACUUCAUCUUUCUUCUCUGGUUGUCUGCUUGGUGGACUCGUUCUUGCUACACUAGCCGAUUCGUCACUCGGUAGGAAAAACUUACUAGUUAUUUCAUGUCUUAUGAUGUCUUUAUCAGCUUUCUUAACUGCAUUUUCUCCUAAUAUCUGGAUCUACUCGAUUCUAAGAUUCAUAACCGGUUUCGGCCGAGCCACAAUCGGUACUUGCGCACUUGUUUUAUCGACAGAAAUUGUUGGAAAAAGCCGCCGUGACAAGGUGGGUAUUAUUGGAUUCAUUUGUUUCACACUUGGUUUCUUAUCAUUACCAGCCAUGGCUUACUUCACUUGAGGAUCAUCGUGGAGAGUACUAUAUAUCUUAACCUCCGUUCCUGCAGUAAUCUACUCCAUAAUUGUUCAUUUCAUGGUUCAUGAAUCACCAAGGUGGUUAAUGGUGCAAGGAAGAAAAGAAGAAGCCAUUACUACUUUGAGGAGUAUUGCUUCUACUGAUUCUUAUGAUGGAAUAAGCAUAAGUCUAUCUGGCAUAUCUAUAGGCCUGGAACAGUGGAAUGCGGAUUUGUACUCCGCCAUGAAGAUUUUAUGGGAUAAAAAAUGGGCCUUCCGAAGACUAUCGGCAGUUAUGGUCGUUUCAUUUGGGGUUGGAAUGAUGUAUUAUGGGAUCCCGUUAGGUGUUGGAAAUCUGGCUUCCAGUCUUUAUUUAAGUGUUACGUUAAAUGCAUUAUCGGAGCUGCCGUCUUCGUUAAUCACCUAUUUUCUAGUAGGAAGAUUGAAAAGGAGAAGUUCCAUGCUGUUUUUCACAAUGUUGAGUGGUGUUUGUAGCAUCAUGUGUGUGAUAAUCCACGAUGAGGGACGGCAAGGAUUGAGAAUCGCCGUCGAGCUGUUAUCGUUUUUUAGCACGUGUACGGCGUUUGACGUUCUGUUGAUAUACACGUUGGAAUUGUUUCCAACUUGUGUGAGGAACUCAGCAUUGUCCAUGGUAAGACAAGCUCUGGUUUUUGGUGGUAUUUUUAGUCCGAUUCUGAUUGCAGCUGAAAGGGGAGUUGAUGAUAAUGGACUCUUAUCUUAUGGAGUGUUUGGGUUGGUGAUUUGUGUUUGUGGGUUGUUCACUGUUUGUUUGCCAGAGACGAAAGGUGAAAUCAUUUGUGACACCAUGGAUGAAGAAGAACAAAAAGCUAAGGUUAGUAGUAGUAGUACACUUAAAGCAUCUAAUAGCAAGUCCCUGGUACCCCAUGUGUAGAAAUAACUUGGUAGUAGUGUUUAAGAUCAAUUUUCAGUUGAUCUGUAAAAACACUUGUAAUCUUCACAAGUCGUAAAGUAGACGUGUCGAUCCGCUAAGCGAUGCACAGUAUCAUGAAAGUGUCUCUUCAGAUUAUUAAGGUAAGUUCCAUUAUUUUUCCUACCAAUGUCUCUAUUCAUAUCAUCAAUCUAAGUUCAAUUAUU